CCCCGCGAGCCGCCAAGUCGCGUGGCCCCAGUUCAAUUUCGAGCCUCGUCUUCAUAUUAAAAUGCUGGCGUGCUGGAGCGAGUAGUAGUACGACCAAACACGCCGCGAGCAGUACAACCGGAAGACUGAAAAAUGAUGUAGUUAUGUAAUAGUGCUGCAAGUGUCAUAAAAUAUUCGUUCGAAGCCUGUCAGUGAAAACUCAGACCGAAAUGCUGUGGUGUGUUUUAUUUGUGUGUGUUUUCGUAGUGCAAGCCAACACAGACACUACUCCCAAACUCGAACCGACAACCGUCACCACCACAACCACAGUUGAUACAACGAUAGACAUAAAUUCAACCAACACAAAUCCCUCAACCAUCCCUUCCCAAUCCCAAACCCUUCAACCAACCCACCCCCCAGUCCGAGUAAUCGAAGAACUCAAAGGCCUAAACCACAAUGUGAGUUCCGGCAAAAUAAUGAUAAUCGGAGACGAUACCAUCCAAAUCCCCAACUUCCAUUUCGAUGGUACCGCCCCCACUGCCUUUUUCAUAGUAGGAAAAGGCAACACUAUAACCGAAAACGGGACAAAGAUACAUCUUAACGGCUCUACGUCACCGCUACCUCCCUACAACGGUGAAUCGGUAAAGUUAACCCUUCCGAACGGGUUAAGCGUCAAGGACCUAGACUGGUUAGCGGUUUGGUGCUUCCAGUAUCGCCUAAAUAUGGGUUACGUGUACCUCAACAAGGAGAUGAGUCCAAAUCCUCCCCAAACUCUCAACUUGAAUGAUCGCGUUACCUCUGGUCCCAUCAUUCUGAUUAACAAGAAGACUCUCUAUAUACCCAAUUUUCGCUACGAUGGUGGCUCCAAAAACGUCCAUUUCUGGGUGGGUAAUGGUGAGCCGUCAUCCGAUGGUCGAAUGGUUCCUGAUGAAAAGGGGUCGCUUGAAGAGUUACACGUUUAUCAGGGACAAAACCUUGAUAUUAGUCUCCCGGAUGGGGUUACCACCGACAACAUAGAAUAUUUCGGGGUGUGGUCAAAAGACGAAGGGCGCAGUUUAGGGCAUGUACCUAUAAAAAUAGUCAGCGGGGUACCAGAAGCCCCACUUUUAAAACCCUUUUCUUUCCCUAUCAACACCACUACUUUGAUACUCCCUAAAUGUUGCCCACUUGACUCAGUGCUCACUUUAGAAGGUUGUGAAGAAAGACCAUCCGUACCACUGUUUCGACCCCCAUUCAACGUGUAUAAACACAACCUCACACAUUUUUUGAACGAGUCUUUGGACUUGAAGAAGCUCAUUUUCACCCCAUAUGUUUUUUCCCCCAAAUGCGAAACCGGAAAGUAUCCUUUGGAUGAAGAUAACGACCAGUUUGCCAUUUUGCAGAACGCUUCUCUGCUUGUCAAAGGUGCGGCGCUUGCCGGAAUCCUGUCAACAGAGGAGUUUUGUCUAGAUUACAUAGAAUCCCAAAACGAGACAGUGAUGAAGAUUCUUGUCUGCGUUCCGGAGUAUAAAAUACAGACGGCGAUGUUCUUCACCUAUGUGAUUUUUACCAUCAUUUCGACUCUCUGCCUUGCCGUUACCGUCUUUUUGUACCUGUUUUGGUUGAAAGUGGAAGAUAUACACAGACGGUGUUUCGCGGGGUAUGCUUUUACGAUGGCAGUGACUUUCUUGUCGUUGACUAUCGUUCAAACCGCGAGUGUGGAGGACGCUGGGUGUGAGGUUUUAGGUUUCGUGUUUCAGAUUUUCAUGAUUGCGUCUUUCACGUUGUUGGGGAUCUUGUGUUUUGAUAUAUUCAUUAUUGUUAAGUACAUCGACGAGAAGAAAUUUUACACACUGCGGAAACGCGGGUACUUGGGGAUCGCUGUGGGCGUGCCCGCUUUCUUCAUGUUCAUCUCACUAGUUCGAAAUCUCGUUCCAGAUGUGCCGAACUCUUUCUUCAAACCGCAGUAUAUGAAAAAUAAUUGCUACUUCGACGCCGAAAGCCAAAGAACCAUCAUCUUCUACAUCCCCAUCUGCCUCUCCAUGGUAGGCAGCGCCGUGUGCCUCAUCUGGACCAAACUCAUCACCAUCAGAUACGACCGCGACAAGAGAAACGACUACUUCUGGAUCGAAAAAGGAACCGUCUACAAAUUCAUGUGGAGAAAGCAUCUAAUAAUUUUUUUAACUUCUUUGAUGUGGUUGUUAGAAACGAUAGUUCACUUAUUCUUCGCUAACUCUAACAUAUUAAUAGGCAUCGAUAUAGUGGAAGCAAGCCAGGGUAUUUUAGUAGUAUUAUUGUUCGUUGUGAAUAAGGAAACAAGAACUCAAAUAGUGAAGACCAUCAAAGCUCGAAGACGAAAAAAGAAGCCUUUCUACGCCGUAGGAGAGGAAGAUUUUAUACACCUUGAGGAAUUCAACAAGAGCUGAGUGUAUUUUCUCUGUUUUUUGUUCUUGUACAUAGCUAUUGUUACUGUGAUUUAAAUUUAUUUAUUAUGUGUAUUAUUUUUUAUAGUAUUGAUGAGUGCAAGUUGUCAACUUGUAAUUAUCACACUGUCUCGUGAAGAGAGUGAUAAUUUUGUACCUGCAAGGUACAGUCUGCUAAAUAUCGACAGAUUACGUGAUGAAUGUACAUAUCUAGGUGUGAAUGGUUUAUUACUUUAGUUUAAACUUUUUGUAUUUUUGUACAAUGUUGAUAUAUAUCGUCUUUUUUCAUUAACUGUUGUAGCUUUUUUUGUUAACGACUUUAAGAAUAAACAUGUUUUUCCGAAAAUUGUGUCUAGAACGAUUAGAGUGGCACACGAAAAUUUCAAAAUGUUGAAUACUACAAAUAAAUGUCAGUAUUGUUAGAAGUUUUAAUAAAAUAAUAUUCUUGAA